AUGGGGUUCUUCAAGAGGGCAGUGAAUAGGUUUCUUAAGGGUCGGCAAGACGCAUGUACUGCCCCAAGUGUUGCAGCCGUACAUAGGUCACGGCUCUUCCACCGCAGCAAACCAGCUGAAGGUUGCUUACUCCAAGAGGAUGAUGAUCUGAUGACCGUCUCCUUCAUCCCCAAGCGGAGACAGGAGCCCAGCAUCAACGGAUGAUCUUACUCCAACAGUGGGCAUACGUCCCACGGCUAGAUCAGCUCAAAGUUUCAAUUAAGGCGGCGGUAGAUGGCGUUGUUAUCAAGUUUUGAUGUAAAUUAGUGUUUUUUUUAAUUGAAAUUUUGCUUGGUGACUGGUGUCAGGUUUGUUUCAUAAUAUGGGCAGUUUAAAGUGGGUGUUACAUUAUGCUAAAGUAAAACUUUGAACUUCUAGUCCUGCUAAACUUGGU